UAAAAAAAAAACCCAAAAAACUUUUCUAGUUGCCUUAUCUCUGUAAUCACCCCCCGCGGCCUCGCUCCCGGCUCCUUUCUCCCCGUUUACGUUUCCCCGUCGGAGGGCACCCAUCGCUGCCUCUCACCUCCUGUCUGAACUCCUGCCUCCGCCAUUGCGUCCAGGUGUGAAGGACUGACAGCCGCCCCCGCCCCAGGCUCGGGGGACACCGUCUGAAGAGGAAGUAUUUGAAGUAGAAUCCUAAACAUGCAUUCCACAGAGCUGCCCUUGGCAUUUCUGAUACUGAUGUUUAGUAACACCUCAGAAAAUUGUAUGUCGCGUCUCCACAUUACCGCGGUUGAAGGUGAGCCUUUCUAUUUGAAAUAUUGCCGAUCUUCAUCUGAGCACAAGAAUGAAAAAAACACAAGAUGGUGCUACCAACCCAAUGGGUCACUUGAACAGAUUGAACUAAACCCAAGCAAUUCACCCAGAAUUGCUUUCCAUGAGUAUGCUUUGGAAUUUUGGCCAGUUGAAUUGAGUGACAGUGGAUCUUACUUUCUUAAAAUGGGAAAUGAUACUCAUGAAUGGAAAUUAAAUGUUAUCAGAAGAAAUAAACACAACUGUUUUACUGAAAAACAAGUAAAUACCAGAACUGUGGAAGUUAAAAAACAUUUGAUGAUAAAAUGUGAAACACCAUACUACAGAAAACUGAUCAACAAAACAUCACUCUAUAAGAACUGUGAACAGAUAGAGAUCAGAGGAAACACUUUUGAGAAGAAUGCAGAGUUUGAAGAUCAGGGAUAUUACACCUGCGUGUUUUCCCUUCAUUACAAUGGAAAACUAUUUAAUGUCACCAAAACCUUCAAUGUAACAAUAGCUGGAGAUUACAAUAGUAUAACUCCAGUUCUUCUUGGACCAAAGUUUAACCAGAUUGAAGUGGAAUUAGGAAAAAGUGAACAGCUCAACUGCUCUGCUCUGCUCAAUAAAGAUGAUACAGUUUAUUGGAACUUCAGGAAAGAAAAUGAAACAGAUCAUAAUUUACAUGAAGAGCAAGAAAUAAAAAUUAAGACCUCAGAAGGCAAAUGGCAUGCUUCAAGAAUAUUGCGCAUAGAGAAUAUUAAUGAAAAUAAUCUAAAUUUUCUCUAUAAUUGCACUCUGGCCAGCAAGGGAGGCACAGACGUCAGAGUCUUCAUCUUGGUGAGAAAAGAGAAUGUUGAUAUCCCAGGCCACAUUUUCACUAGAGGAAUGAUAACAGCUGUUUUUAUCUUGGUGGCAGUUGUGGGCAUAGUGACCGUGUGUGCCAUUUAUAGAGUUGACUUGGCUUUAUUUUAUAGACACUUAAUUGGAAGAGAUGAGACAUUAACAGAUGGAAAAACAUAUGAUGCUUUUGUGUCUUACCUAAGAGAAUGUCGACCAGAAAGUUACGAGGAGCACGCCUUCGCUGUGGAGGUUUUGCCCAGUGUGUUGGAGAAACAUUUUGGGUAUAAACUAUGCAUAUUUGAAAGGGAUGUACUGCCUGGAGGAGCUGUUGUUGAUGAAGUCCAUUCACUGAUAGAAAAGAGCCGAAGACUCAUCAUUGUUCUAAGUCAAAGUUACAUGUCUAAUGAGGUCAGGUAUGAACUUGAAAGUGGACUCCAUGAAGCACUGGUGGAAAGAAAAAUUAAAAUAAUCUUAAUUGAAUUUACUCCUGUUAGUGACUUCAUGUUCUUGCCCCAGUCACUAGAGCUUUUGAAGUCUCAUCAAGUUCUGAAGUGGAAGGCUGAUAAGUCUCUUUCGUAUAACUCAAGGUUCUGGAAAAAUCUUCGUUAUUUGAUGCCUGCAAAAAAGAUCAAGCCAGGCAGGGAUGAAUCAGAAGUCUUGCCUGUUCUGUCAUGGACUUGAGCUUUGGAAAAGCUGAAUAUCAGAAAGAACUCUAGAUACUUGGGGAUGGCGUGUAUGAGCUUGUGCAUAACCAAGGACUUUCAUCAAAAUAAUGAACUGUACUCUGUGAAAAUCCUACUCACAAUUUGAAGAUAAAACUUGUCAUAAGGAUGUCAGGGAUCAGAGUAAACAUUGAGCUGUGGUCCUCUGCUUCCAGAAGACCCUGAAAUUAGAAAGAAAUGGAGCUCCUUUUUUCUCUUUUUUGUAACUGGAUGCAGCUGCUGAUACUUGACCCAAUAUCUAGUGACUGUGAGGCUGGGCACCGUAUGGGACGGUGGUGGAUGCCUCACAAGAAGGGCACAGUUUUAAGAGUUUUUAAUGCUAACAAUCUCGUUCAAACUAAAGGACUUUAGGGGCAUGAAGGGGCAUUUUGUGUGGACCAUGGUGGGUAACAGAGUAAGUGGAAUGCUCCCUCCACUGAGCCCUGGUGGCACAGUGGUUAAGAGCUACAGUAAACUACAGCUGCUAACCAAAAGUUCGACAGUUUGAAUCCACCACCAGCUCCUUGGAAACCCUAUGGGGCAGUUCUGCUCUGUCCUACAGGGUCGCUAUGAGUUGGAAUCAACUCGACAGCAGUGGGUUUCUACAUACCUUGGACUGUGUGUGGAGGAGAGAGCAAGGUAGAGAGGAGGCGUGUGAGCCUGCCUGGAAGUAGGUUCUCGGCCUCAGGAUGCGUGUAACCGGUCCUGGCCACAGGUGCAGACCUGUGGUUCUUGGAAUCCACUAAAGCACGAUGAAGAGCUUCUUUAAUGAGGCCUAUUGUGGAAGCUUCUUAGAGGGAACCCAGUGUGCCUCUGUAUCUUUCAUGAAGGACAAAAAUGAAUAAACGUAACUAAGUACUUAGAACAGUUCUUGGCAUAGAGUUAAUAUUCUGUAAGCGUUGCUAUUUUUGUUGUUGUCGUUAGUUAGAUCACUUAGGCAGCACUGGGCUAAAAUGGAAACCAGAGAGCAGGAAAGGGAAGGAGAUCUGGAGAGUAAGGAAGUUUUGAACUGGGAACAUCUCUAUAGAGAGAGAAACCUAUAGGAGAAGCAUAUCAGUAGGGCAAAAGAUGUUUCUCCAUUGGACAUCUGCCUCUUUGGACACUGGAAGAGUGCCUAAAGUUAUGUCUGCCUCACUUACGUGACCCCAGAUGUGUGGGCCUCCUUGAUGGCCUCGGCAGUCAUGGCUGUCCAUGGAAAUCAUUGAGUCACUCAUGAACACCAACCUUAAAGUGAAACAAGACUUGGGUAAGUAUGUAACCAUCAGUUUGGAAGACUGGUUAAAACACAUGGGUGCACUACGAAUAUUCCAGAGGAGUUUCGAUAGAACCUGUUUAAAACAGCUGUAGUAGGUGUUGCUGAAAAUCAAAGAAGAAUGAGGUUUUUAUUAGAUUUUCAGUGUAAUAAAGUGAUUUAAUUGUUACAAGGCUUAAGAUUUUUGAAAGGGGGCUUGUUGGUUGGCUAAACAAGUGAAAGACAAUUCUAUUAAUAACUCUCAUGUUUUAUAUGCUAAAAUGUAUUAGUGAAAAUAUGAUUAUGAAAUGGAGAGAAACUGUACUGGAGUAAUGGUAAUCUUUAAUACAUAGGAUGGUUUUGCUUUUCUUUCACUAUGUAUGUUUUAAAAUAAAUUAAAUGAACCAUUUGUUGAACUUUACUUUUGAAAAGAAAGCAUUUUUAUUUUUGAAAUGUCUGGUGUCUUCUCCCUUACUUUAAGAUUCCAGUACCUUGUUCUCACCAUAUAUUCCCACAUAUUUUAAUAAGAUAUGGGCCAUUCACAGUGAACUCCCACCUCUAUCUUUUUUUUAGACUUCAAAUUAUUUGUACCUACCUUUUUCGUUUUGCUCUCCACUCAGGAACAAAGGAAGGAUUAUCUUCCUUCUUUUACAAGAUCUUCCAAUACCCAGCACAAGGACUUAAACGUUUAAUAGGUCUUCACAUGCCAGUGAAUUAAUGUACAUAUUUUUAAGCUUAGGUACAAACAUUCCUAACUAGGACCAACGUAUUUUUAGAUAUCUGAACAGCCAUUAUCUUCUCUUACAUCAGAUGUCCUUAAAAUCUGGAGUCUAUUUCAGAGAAUCAGUGAGCAAUCAGAUCUCUAAAAUUUGUAAAGAAAAAACUCGUGUGUGUCUAUCAUGUGUAGAGGCAUUUUAUUAGAGUUAUAGUCUUUUAAAGUAGAGAGGGACCUUAACCCUUUAAACCCCCUGUCGUUGAGUUGACAGAGAAGAACUGCCCAUAGGGUUUCCAAGGCCAUAAAUCUUUAUGGAAGCAGACUGCCACGUCUUUCUCCUACGGAGCAGCUGGGGGGUUUGAAAUGCUGACCUUCAGUUACCGACAGAGUGCUUUAACCACUGCACCACCAGGGCUCCUGCUAGAGAGAGACCUUAUUACCUACAUAUUCCAAACCCAGGAACUUGAGACGUGUUCAGUCCAGGGACUUGAUUAAAGUCACACGACUAGCUAAUGUACUGUGUCCUCUUUCUAGAACUGCCUGUUGGAAAGUAAGACUUGAGGUCAGUAUUUUGGAGGCAGCAGGCACUUUUCUGGGGAGGCACAUUAUACUAAGAGGGGGCAGGGUCCCACAGCGAUGAAGUAGGGCUGCUUAGGAAUGGCUCCGAAGACAAAACAGAAGAAGUAAGAGGAACCUUAGGGUUUCUUUCUAGGCCACUAGGGUAAGAAUGAGGGAAAAAUUAGCACUUAAGUCCUCCACAAGAAGAAAGCAUACACUUGAAUGGAACAACUCAGCUGUGGAAUCUGCCAAGAUACAGGAAAUUAGAGCCCCCAACAGGCCCUAGGGGCAAGGUGCAGCCUUCGGCCCACACUGGUUCUGAGUGGUCAGCUGCUUGGGCUUGCAGAGAGGAUGAGCUUUACUGCAGCUAUAAACGUGGCUGUCUGAAGCUGGGACAUUGGCAAAACCAGUGCUCAAGGCAGAGGCAAGUCACAGCUUUAAAUACUCAGAGGAAAGAAUCUUUCUCCCUGGCCUGAAGCGCAGCUGUGAAGGAAUGGGCCCAGGGUUGCAGUGGACACCAUCUUUCUGAGCAGCAGCUCCCCUGAGAGACACCAUCACAAGCGAUGGGGAGCUCUUCAAAGGGUGGCCAAGCCAAAAUAACAGGAAGUGGCAUGCAUGUCUAGGUCCCUCCAGUCCCACCUUCAUGCCACACUGAUAGUGAUCACAGUUCGGGCUGGGAACUUUAAGACCA